AUGUCCGCUGUUGCUAGACGAUUUCCUGGGGACAACUCUAGUACUCGAAAUAAACAUUUGAAGAAAUACUUUGGUACGGCUGAUAGUUUGGAUAACAAUCUGGAAUUGAAUGCCGGCAACUCUGAGCGGGACGUCGAUAUGGGCUCUGACAAGGAGUUAUCCACAAAUGACCUGGAUCCCAGUGGUUCACAAAAUUUGGAUGCAGAAGACCAGGAGGAAACUCAUACACUAGACAAUGCAAUCGGAUUUCAUACCUACGAAUCGGAUGGGGAGCAAUCUGAGCGCUCUGACUACUCGCGCGGGAGUUGGUACCAUAUCCCAACACCCCCUCCUUCUCCCCCAAGCUCCCCUCCACCCGACCAGGAUGUUCCUGAACCAUUAGAGGAUGAAGACGGGUUUCAAAACCUCAACGCUAUUGAUUUUCGCAAGUAUGAUCGAUGGUACGCUGAGCCGGAUACUGGUGAAGAUGUUGAAAUGCAUGCUGAGACUCUGACAGACAAAGAGGUCGACAGCAUUAUAAUGCUUGCGAUCCGACAAUUUGGCACAGUUACACAAAGCAACUACGAGCGCAUUCAAUACUCAUAUCAACAUAAACUGCAGCUUCUCACAUCCCACCGCUUGCAAACUCGAAUUGCAAAGCUUUCCGGUGUCAACCCAGUUAAUGUUGACUGCUGUAUUAAUGUUUGUCACGCAUUUACUGGGAAAUACGCCAAAGAAACUAUUUGCUUGGUAUGCAACGCGCCUUGCUACGACUUCAAGAAUCGCCCACAACAGGUCUUUCAGUACCUUCCUGCAUCCCCGCGCUUUCGCGCUUACUUCAACAAUCCUGACUUAAUCCGCAAGAUGCUAUACCAACAUGAAUUCAAGCAUCGGCUUGGACGUAUCAACGAUUUUUUCAAUUCUCAGAUCUACGAGCGGCUGCUGAGGACGAACAUUGUCAUUGAUGGUGCAGAUACUGGCGUCCAACACUUCCCGGGAAAGCACGACAUUGCCAUUGCCGUUAUGUCCGACGGUGUCAACAUCUUCGAUCAGGGCUCCAAGGAGACUAACACGUGUUGGCCGAUCAUGGCCCAGAACCUCAACUUGCCGCCGGAGGAACGCGCCCAGAUGCGCAAUCUUAUUCCAUUAGGUGUAAUUCCCGGGCCAAACAAGCCCAAGGAUUUCGACUCAUUCCUUGUCCCGUUUGUUGAGGAAUGCAUUGAUCUUGCAAAAGGCAUCGACACAUAUAAUGCGAUGACUGGUCAAACAUUCACCUUGCGUGUCCACCCAGUCAUUAUCUCUGGCGAUAUGCAGGCUAUCAAGUACCUGCAGAACUUCAAAGGUCCAAAUGGUCGUGUCCCGUGCCGUGGGUGCUUGAUGGUUGGCGUCUACCACGCAGACAAAAAGACUUAUUACAUACCUCUAGCUGAGCCUAUUGCUACUGACAGUUCAUCGGCUAACGUUAACUCAUACAAUCCCCACAAUCUCCCACUUCGUACUGACAAGAAGACAAGUAUUCAAACUAGGAAAAUCGACGAAGCUCUGACUGCUGGCCUUGCGGAAGACUUACGCAAAAGAACUGGUAUCUGUGGUCCUUCAAUUCUUGAUCGCAUUCCCUCCAUCCAACGCCCAUCUUCGUAUCCUCAUGAAUUCAUGCAUCUAUUUUUACUUAACCACGGCCCAGCUCUGGUCUCGCUCUGGGUUGGUACUCAUCCUGGCAUAUCCGAUGCUGGCUCCGGCUAUUACUUGCUCUUGCGUGCUGUCUGGACCGCUAUUGGAAUUGAGACUGAAGAAGCAACAUACCUACUGCCGGCAAGGUUUAUUCGACCCCUCCCCAAUAUUGCUACCAGUGUCAACCUCUAUAACGCUGAGUCUUGGUCUUUCUGGCUUGUCUACAUUGGUCCUGUGGUGCUACGAGGCCGACUCCCGCCGAAAUACUACAACCAUUACUUACAACUCGUUAGCAUUCUCAAAUGCUUGCUCAACCUCGAGAACACCACACAGCGGAUCGAAGAGCUCAAACAGGAAAUUAUUGAAUAUGUAGAAAAAUUUGAAGAAUACUACUAUCAGUACGAUUACAACCGCUUGAGCGUGUGUCGACUUACGCUCCACGCUCUGCUUCACGUCGCCAACGAUGUUCUCCGCUGUGGUCCUGUAUGGGUUGCUUGGUCGUUCUCUGUUGAGCAAUACUGUCGGGAGAUUGUUGGAUGCGCAAGGUCAAAAGUUGUUCCAUAUCCUACCAUUAAUCGGCAUAUUCUCCAAAUGGCUCAACUUGCUUCGGUCGCUUGUCGCUUCCCAAUUAUCCGCAAGGCAAUGCUCUUUGGAAAAUCUCAAGCACCCGUCCGAUCCAGUAAGAUGGAAAUGAUAUACCAUGGUUACCCCAAUACAAUUCUCCGCUACCCCCAUCUGCCCGGAUUUCCCCUCAACCCCCACGUACGCCGCCGUCUAGCUCAAUAUUUCCACACCAACUACCAAGAAUGGACUUUCCAUGCUUGGUUGGCGUUCAUUCCUGACCGUGCUGAACGCUGGGGAAAGCUCCAAAUCCCAGAAGGUGAUAGCGUUCGUUGUGCGGCCGUUGUCGAUCCUCUCUUGUCGUACGGCAAGCGUGACUCCUCUUUUGUUCGAUACGAAUUUCAAAGGGAUUUGAAUGAAAACUUUCGUAAUCGACCUUGCAACAUGGUCGAUGCGUUUGGAUAUGGACGCCUUGACUUUAUCAUUGCGCUUACGCUCCCACGCAGCGAGAAGUUCAAGAUUGACGAGCCAACACUUCAUAUAUUGGCGCAUAUAACUGAGGCCAAGGGUGCAGAGGGCGAUGCGGCAACAGAUUUUGUCUCUUUUACACAGUUUGGUCGCUCGAUUAUUCUCGAUGUCACAUCAGUUCAGAGGGUUGUCGGCCGAAUUUACACUAAGGGCGUCAAGGAGUUAGGGGAGUGGUAUAUCAUUGACCGGACCCUCGACUGUUGCGAAACGGUAUUUCAUCCGGCCGAGCAUCCAUACGACGACGAUUAA